CGGCAGGCGCGCGCGGCGGCCGCUCGUCGCUGCGCUCGGCGAUGAAGGUGGCGGUGGCCGGGUGCUGCCAUGGCGCCCUGGACAAGAUGUACGAGACGCUGGAGCUGCUGCAGCGGCGCCACAACGUGCGGCCCGACCUGCUGCUCUGCUGCGGGGACUUCCAGGCCGUGCGCAACGAGGCGGACCUGCGGUGCAUGGCCGUGCCCGCCAAGUACCGGCACAUGCAGACCUUCUACCGGUACUACUCGGGCGAGAAGAAAGCCCCGGUGCUCACCGUGUUCAUCGGCGGCAACCACGAGGCUUCCAACCACCUGCAGGAGCUGCCCUACGGCGGCUGGGUCGCGCCCAACAUCUACUACUUGGGUUACGCGGGCGUGGUGCGGUUCCGCGGAGUGAGGAUCGGCGGCAUCUCGGGCAUCUUCAAGUCUCACGACUACCGGAAAGGCCACUUUGAGUGCCCACCAUACAACCAGCAGACCAUCAGAAGUGCUUACCAUGUGAGGAAUAUUGAAGUCUUCAAACUCAAACAGCUGAAGCGUCCCAUCGAUAUAUUUAUGUCACAUGACUGGCCAAGGAGCAUCUAUCACUAUGGAAACAAGAAACAGCUCCUCAAAAUGAAAUCUUUCUUCCGUCAAGAAGUGGAGAGCAACACGUUGGGAAGCCCUGCUGCUUCAGAGCUGCUGCAGCACCUGAAGCCCACCUACUGGUUCUCAGCACAUCUCCACGUUAAAUUUGCAGCUUUCAUGCAACACGAGACAAACUCCAAAGAAGAGUUACCAAAAGCAACCAAGUUCCUGGCUCUGGAUAAAUGCUUGCCACACAGAGACUUCCUGCAGAUAAUAGACGUGGAGCAUGAUCCCAAUGCAGGAGACUCGCUGGAGUACGAUGCUGAGUGGAUUGCAAUCCUCAAGGCCACCAACAAUCUUGUUAAUGUGACCCAGAGCUCCUGGAACAUGCCUGAAAAUAAUGGCCUCCAUGCCAAGUGGGAUUACAGUGUGACAGAAGAAGCCAUUAAAGAGGUGUUAGAAGAGCUGAACCAUGACCUCAAAAUUCCUUGCAACUUCACAUUGACAGCUGCUUGUUACGAUCCCAGCAAGCCCCAAAAAAACAUGGAGCCAGUUCAUACCAUCAAUCCACAGACCACUGAGUUCUGUGCCCAGUUUGGCCUCACUGACAUUAAUGACAGGAUCCAGCAGGCUAAAGAAGAGAGCUCAGGACGAGGUGAAUGUGAAGAGGAGGAGGAAGAGGAGAUGGACAGUACUGGGUCAGCAGAGGAACCCAGUGAAUACACUACAGAUAAUUCUGGCCUCUCAUCCUUUAAUCCAGAUGAAAUAAUGCUGGAUGAAGAAGGUGGUGAUGAAGACCUGAGUACAUGUUCUGUAGAUCCCUCCCCUGAUCACCCUCCCGAGUUCUCUACGAGCUUCUCCGACAUCCGGAUCAUGCCAGACUCCAUGGUGGUGUCGUCUGACGAUGCCACGGACUCCAACAAUGAGGAACUGGACAAGUCUGGUGGGAGCAAGCAGCUGGAGGACAAGAGCUCCACUGAGAGGUCCUUAAAGCGCCUCAGUGGGGAUGAGAACGGGGACAGCGGUGUUAAAAAAAUCAAGAGAAGGAACCAAGCUAUCUAUGCUGCAGAGGAGGAAGAUAAAACAGAUUAAUAGUUCACAGGGUGUAAGUUCUCCCAGCCUUUCUGUGGGAAGGUGGUGAGAAUUGUACUGGACCACAUGUGCUUUUAAUGUUACAUGAUCUUAGUCAUGUUACUUUCCUAAUCUCAGAGGCUGGAUGUACUUCUCACAGGGAAGGUGAUUUACACAAGAUAGACAUCAAGGAAAGAAGCUGAGCUUUUCCAACAAAGUACUUUGUCAAAGGGUGUAAAUCUCGUAUAUCCUUGAUUUUUGCCGUGGUGUAUGGUGUACACUCCAUAACUUCAGCUGAACAAGACUCACCGUGCUUGUUUAACAAGAACUCUUAAACUUGUAGCCUGAGUCCAAGCAAGAGGAUGUCUGACUUACAAGCAAGAGGAUGUCUGACUUACAAGCCUGAAUGAUUUUAUUUUAUUGCUUUUAUCUUGUUUUAUACCGAAUUAUUAAUGCAAAGUAGCAUACGCAAUAACCCUGUGAAUGACAUUUGGAAAUAGAAUUCCCAUGAUAACAAAACAGCAACAGAAGAAUGAAGAUUUUUGUUUCUGGUGAUAGUCAUGCCACAGAAAAACUUUGUGGUCUUAAACAAAACAAUAUGUAUUGUCCAGGAUUGGCUUUUAAUUACAGUUCUGAUAGCAAACCAAGUCUCUUGCUUUUGAAGGAUGACGGUUUUAUGGGGACCAUGGAAGAGUGCAUUUCUGUUCUUAAAAACUCUUUUUAGUUCUAUGUCUUAAAACUUGAGAACACUGUCUUAAAAUGAAAGUAGUUAGGAAGGUCAGCUUCCUGAAUGUGGACAGCACCACUGUGUCAACUCUGACUAAUUAGGGCUGAGUUUGGUGUUCGUGCAAGGCGGUGGGUGUGUGAGUUGUCUGAGACAGUAACGCCUCCCAUUAGCAAAGUCACCUUUCACUUGUCAUUUCAGUAGCUGUAACUUGCUGAACUCUUAAAACUGGAUUUAAAAUCUUCCAAAACACCUUGGUAAUCUUCAGCUGAGGGAGAACUGAGGAGUUCAGGUUUUUUUUUUGUUUUAAAAUUUUUGUUUUCAAUUUGUUUUUAAAAUAACACCAAAGUGCUGUGCUCAGCUGCCAGAACAGAGACCCCCUUGUAAGUUUCAUUUUUUUUAAUUUUUGCUCUGAAUUAUUAGUAAAUGGCACUGCAUUGGCCUGAGAGGCCACAAGGAUAAAACUGAGUGAAUUCAUGAAAAUGACAAUGUUUUCAACCAUAUGUCAUUAGACUCAUUAGCCUUCCUGACAGAUUGAAUUCCUCAUGGCCGUGCUGCCCCACCCCAAGAGCAAAAGUAGCUCCUGUGCUUUUCCUCCUCCAAGGCACAGGCACUGAGAAGGGAACAAUCAUCCUGACAGUAACAGGGAACUGGACAGGGAGCAGUGAGUGAAAUACACCCAUGAGUGUGAGUUGUGUAUCAGGGUCGGGAAUUAAUCUGUUUUUAAAUCACUUCCAUGGUCUGGAGUUCAUCUUGCUUCCUCUCCUGUCAAGCAGUUCACUACAAAAACUAAACAUGUUAAGUAUUCAAGGGCUAGAAAAGGCCAUAAUUAAUGCUCUCAACAGUUCAAUUAACAGCUCAUCUGUCAGAACAGCCACCAAAGAGCUGUGCUGAGGUAUGAGGAGAAACGGGGAGUAACCGGGGUGUGAUACUCAGGGUAUGUAAAACGGCUGUGAACUGUCAGGAAAGUUAUUGAAGCAGAUGAGUCUCUUUAAGGGUCCUGGGUCUGCAGUGGUAAAAUCGUAAUCGUGCCUCAUGAUCUGAACACUAUAAUGGAAAUAAAGUGUUUUAAAUAUAAGUUCUGUUAUGGACUUGAAAAGCCUCCCAAGGAACCUAAGCAUGGCAUUGAGCUCUCAGGGUCUCUGCACAGGAAUAGAAGAUGUAUUGUGCAUGUAAUAGACUUUUCAGUCUGGUUCCUUUUGUUUUUAAAAUAAACUUCUCUCCUAUGUUGUC